AUGGCGGCUGCCAUGAUUAAAGAUCGUGGUUUGCGAAAGAAGUUAACCCAGGAAGCGAUACCCGAGAAGACGCCCAAAAAGCCAUCGAAACGUAAAUCAACAGCGAGCAGUUCCAGGAACGACAAGAAGAACGAACAAAACAAUAAUAAAAGACCUAAAAUACAGACGGGGGAUCCUAAAGUGGACCUGUUCUCAAACUACCAGCCGUGGGUGAUCCAGACGUACGGGGACCUCGCUAAAACGAAGACGAUCACCUUGAAAAAGUACGCCAGAAUUCUAAGAACGCUCCGAGGCGAGGAGUGUAAUAGUUCAGACAGUUCGAAAUUCCGUUUUUGGGUGAAGGCGAAAGGUUUCCAUGUGGGCCGCCCAGCGGGGUACGAGGCUAAGCCGGCCGACGGGAUUGUAUGUAGAUACAGUGUGUCGGACUCCGAGGGCUGCGUCAGGACUCCGGAGGGACACGAGAUAUACACGGGCUCUCAGAACGACCCUCCGCUCUACAUACCGACGCCGCCUUUAAAGGUAACUUUAAUGUAUAAUUAUAUGAACAUAAGGUAG